GUAUUUGGGUUUGAUCAAACCUAGAUCUGGGUUCUUUCAACCCAAUAAGAACAAUCGAUGGCAAUGGUUAAAUGUUUUCGUUUCCCACAACGCGCCUUUUCACUACUCAUUCUCAAGGAGUCGCCUGUGGAUUCUCCGGGAAUAAACCUGUAAUUGCACCAAACCCGAAGUCCUUCUUCAAUCCGCAACUGCACUUCGGAAUGACCUGCAAAGCCCCGAGGUGGAACUCGGGGGGGGUAUUUAUAGGAUUCACUGAGGAACCCACGUGGCAUGCCAAGCAAGAUAAUCGGAACCUGACGUGUCCACCCAGACGGUAUUUCCGGGACCGGGAAUUUGAGAGUCCGAGGCUUGGCACCUCGGACCUAUCCUUACAAAACCACAACGCCGCCAGUAGCUCCUUUCCACUACAUCGGAGUCGUUCGGCAAUUCGUUGCUUGUGCCUCUCUUCACUACUAGAUCUCGAGAAGUCGGCUGUGGAUACUUGUCGAAUAAACCAUUGCUUGUGCCUUUCUUCAACGGACGAAAUGCUGGUUCGAGGUCGUGUGAGUGGCGUUCCACCAAGGAUCUCUCAGAUCGAUGUCAAUGAUGGUCUUGGUGAUGGUCGCUGCUUGAUGCCAAUGGAUUAUUGCCAAUGUGAUGAAACCCAGAUCUGGGUUUGAGAUUGCCAGUUGAAGAUUUACAGUUUUUGAGAUUGCUGUCUUUGUUACACAACAAAUUUUAUAGUUCUUAGAAUUGAUUCGUUAUUCUUAUGGUACAAUUCUUAUUCUCCUACUAGUAAUCUUGGGGUUUGAUUCGCUUGAAUGUUCUAUGCUGCUUUGUGUUCUACCUAAAUUUCAGCUAAUGAUUGAGUUGCUCAAUUAUUUAAUUGAAUUAUAACAUGUUUAUUUCGUUGUUAAUUUGGUUGCGUUUUAAUUGUAUCUUGGAGAAAAGUAGAUCGGUCAAGGUAUUGUUGGCUUAGGAUGGUGGAGGUGACUGCCUUUGCAUUUGCUGCUGUAAACUUGGGUUAUAAAAAUGUUGGUUCUCC